AUGGCCACCAUCCUCCCCACUGCAUCAGACGGCUCCAUGCUGACCAUCCCUUAUGGCCAAGCCGCCUCUCACCAAGCUCAAGCAGCCGCCCAAGCCGGGACUGCCCUCUACACCGCCGGCAGCCCCUCGUCCGACACAAUCGACCUCGUUUCCGGCCCUCCCCCGCCUGUCGCAUCGUCAACCCCUCCUCUUCCUUCACCCUCUCAGCAGGGUGCUGCGCCGAAGCCUGUUAAGCGAGGCUCUAAGCAAACAACGGCAGGUUCUCUGAACUAUUCGAAAGAAGAUAUUAACAUGCUGCUGGAGUUUGUUGGCGCAGUAGAACCACUAGGUGCCAAUCAUUAGGCUAUAGUAGCGGACCGCUACGCUACGUGGGCUGUAGAAAACGAUUGACCUCCAAGAGACCAUGACUCGAUUAAGAACAAGUUCGACAAAUUGGCAAACGCAAAGAAGAAGACAGGCGACCCUUCAUGCCCCUCACCGGUUCGGAAGGCCAAGCACGUAGCGCGUGCGAUCCAGAAAAAGUGCACCGCUCGUGUUCUAGGAGACACCGAUGAGGAGGUUGAGAAAGAUAGCUUGGCUGCGGGAGGGCAUUGGGAAACUGAAGAAGCUGAGGGGGUUCUCGUUAUAGGAGCGCGUCAGAAGAAACAAAAAGUAGGAGCUACAAGGACCACAGCGACGACAACACCGCUGUCGCACAACUCUACCAGCACCGACAAACAGUUCUUGGGACAGUUUGAGAAGAUGACAGACCACAUGAGAAGCAUUUCGAGAUCUCUGUUUGAUAGGGCAGGUGAGGCUGGAGACGCCAUGAGCCGCGAAGACAUCAAGAAGGCCGUGAAGGAGGAGGUCCGUGAAAGCCUGCUACCCACGAAUAAGCUGCUGCGGGAGAUGUCGGACAUGAUAAAAAUCUUUCGCAGGAUAGAAACAAGGUCACGCCUACGGCGCCUAUAGACGAGGGACAGAAAAGUGAGAUGGGUGAGUUGGCGGGGGGGAAUUCAGUAGCAGGCAGCUGCUGGCGUUGCUGGUGCAGCUAGCAGAACUGCUAGGAGGGGAAAGAUCGGAAGCAUGAGUGCGGUUCGUUGCGCUUUCUGCUGGCGAUGGUUGUUCGUCUUGUUCCUGCCUUUUUCGUGCACAGCUCUACGCAGACCUAGUCGGAUGUGGUCAUUUCGAUAGUUAUAUCGAUUAUUUGCAGCCAAGCCAGCGAGGCGUUCGGUCCCUUGCUCCAUGUACAGUAACAGCUUGCACCCACGCCGAACGUAUGGGCCAUGAGGUUGGCGAAUACGGAGUGAAUUGGGCUUUAUUCGUUCUGUUGUCGAGCGAACGUGGUUCUAAUCUCAUUAAGACCAACAAAACGGGUACGAAAGUUAAGAAGAUGGCAACAUAGCGUUAGUAAACGAAGUCGGGUUGUUGAAUCUGCAGGGAGGGGGACUUUCAACCUCGGGAAUGGCCCUUUUAACGUGCGAAUAACCCAUUCAGCCGUUUGGCGCUCACUCGGCAUGACCCUUUGUGGGAUAAUAUCUACAGCAGCAAGGGAAUUAGAGCACGGGAUAUCGUGGGUCUUACGGCCCCUUAGAAUCUUUCCAUGCGUAACACGGACAUUGUUAACGAAUGCGCUGUCCCCCAGGAGCGCCAUUCCAGGUUUAGUAAACUCAUCCGAGAGCUUGAGAUAAUACAACCAAGAAA